AGCCCCGCACGCCGCGCUGACCAGACGAGCGGGAGCGCGCCGAGGGCCGUCCGCGCUGCCGCCCCCGCGCACCGGGCGCCCCAGUCCCCGAGCGGCCGCAGCCGUCCUGUCUGCCCCGGUAUUGUCCCCUCGUCGCCGCGGAGCGGGCGGCCGGCAAGUUUCGGCGCGCACGGGAGGCGGGCCGCGGGCACCGUGCGCCCGGGAGGGGUGGCCGCGGCUCAGUCUCGGCUCCCCGUGCCACUUCGGCGAUGGCUUCCCAGCCGGGAAAGCGGCUGCGCCUCCGCCUUCGCCGCCCCCUGCUUCUCCUCCCGGGACUUUUGCUGCCUCUUUGCUGCGCUUUCAACCUGGACGUGGACAGUCCUGCUGAAUACUCCGGCCCCGAGGGAAGUUACUUCGGCUUCGCUGUGGAUUUCUUCGUGCCCAGCGCGUCUUCUAGGAUGUUUCUCCUGGUGGGAGCUCCCAAAGCCAACACUACACAGCCUGGGAUUGUGGAAGGAGGGCAAGUCCUCAAAUGUGACUGGUCUUCUAACCGGCGGUGCCAACCAAUUGAAUUUGAUGCAACAGGCAACAGAAAUUUUGCCAAAGAUGAUCCAUUGGAGUUUAAGUCUCACCAGUGGUUUGGAGCAUCUGUGAGAUCAAAGCAGGAUAAGAUUUUGGCUUGUGCCCCAUUGUACCACUGGAGGACUGAAAUGAAGCAGGAGAGAGAACCUGUUGGAACAUGCUUUCUUCAAGAUGGAACAAAGACUGUUGAGUAUGCACCGUGCAGAUCAAAAAAUAUUGAUGCUGAUGGACAGGGAUUUUGUCAAGGAGGAUUCAGCAUUGAUUUUACUAAAGCUGACAGAGUACUCCUUGGAGGUCCUGGUAGCUUUUAUUGGCAAGGUCAGCUCAUUUCAGAUCAAGUGGCAGAAAUUGUUUCUAAAUAUGACCCCAAAGUAUAUAGUGUCAAGUAUAACAACCAAUUAGCAACUCGGACUGCACAAGCUAUUUUUGAUGAUAGUUAUUUGGGGUACUCAGUGGCUGUUGGAGAUUUCAAUGGUGAUGGCAUAGACGAUUUUGUUUCAGGAGUUCCACGAGCAGCAAGAACUUUGGGAAUGGUUUGUAUUUAUGAUGGAAAAAACAUGUCUUCCUUACACAAUUUUACUGGUGAGCAGAUGGCUGCAUACUUCGGAUUUUCUGUAGCUGCUGUUGACAUUAAUGGGGAUGAUUAUGCAGAUGUCUUUAUUGGAGCACCUCUCUUCAUGGACCGUGGCUCUGAUGGCAAACUCCAGGAGGUGGGCCAGGUCUCAGUGUCUCUGCAGAGACCUUCGGGAGAAUUCCAGACCACAAAGUUAAAUGGUUUUGAGGUCUUUGCAAGAUUUGGCAGUGCUAUAGCACCUUUGGGAGAUCUCGACCAGGAUGGUUACAAUGAUAUUGCAAUUGCUGCCCCAUAUGGAGGUGAAGAUAAAAAAGGAAUUGUUUAUAUCUUCAAUGGAAGAUCAACAGGCUUGAACUCAGUACCAUCUCAGAUCCUCGAAGGGCAGUGGGCUGCUCGCAGCAUGCCACCAAGCUUUGGCUAUUCGAUGAAAGGAGCCACAGACAUAGACAAAAAUGGAUAUCCAGAUUUACUUGUAGGAGCUUUCGGUGUGGACCGAGCUGUCUUAUAUAGGGCCAGGCCAGUUAUCACUGUAAAUGCUGGUCUUGAUGUAUCCCCCAGCAUUUUGAAUCAAGAUAAUAAAACCUGCCCACUCCCUGGCACAUCUCUUAAAGUUUCCUGUUUUAAUGUUAGGUUCUGCUUAAAGGCGGAUGGCAAAGGAGCACUCCCCAGGCUGCUCACUUUCCAGGUGGAACUCCUUUUGGAUAAGCUCAAGCAAAAGGGAGCCAUUCGGCGGGCACUGUUUCUCCAUAACAGGUCCCCCGCACACUCCAAGAACAUGACCAUUUCAAGGGGAGGACAGAUGCAGUGCGAGGAGCUAGUCGCAUAUCUGCGGGAUGAAUCUGAAUUUAGGGACAAGCUAACUCCAAUCACUAUUUUCAUGGAAUAUCGGUUGGAUUAUCGAACAGCUGCUGAUCAAACAGGAUUGCAGCCUAUUCUUAACCAGUACACUCCUGCCAAUAUUAGUCGACAGGCUCAUAUUCUACUUGAUUGUGGUGAGGACAAUGUUUGUAAACCCAAGCUUGAAGUUUCUGUAGACAGUGAUCAAAAGAAGAUUUAUGUUGGGGAUGACAACCCUCUGACAUUGAUCGUGAAGGCUGAAAACCAGGGGGAAGGCGCCUACGAAGCUGAGCUCAUUGUGUCCAUUCCCCCACAAGCUGACUUCAUUGGAGUUGUCCGCAACAGUGAAGCUUUAGCAAGACUUUCCUGUGCAUUUAAAACAGAAAACCAGACCCGCCAGGUGGUAUGUGACCUUGGAAAUCCAAUGAAGGCAGGAACUCAACUUUUAGCUGGCCUUCGAUUCAGUGUGCACCAGCAGUCAGAGAUGGAUAUGUCUGUGAAAUUUGAUUUACAAAUUCAGAGCUCCAAUCUUUUUGAUAAAGUAAGCCCAGUGGUGUCUUACAAAGUUGAUCUUGCUGUUUUAGCUGCUGUUGAGAUAAGAGGAGUCUCAAGUCCUGAUCAUAUCUUUCUUCCGAUUCCGAAUUGGGAGCACAAGGAGCACCCGGAGACAGAAGAAGAUGUUGGGCCAGUUGUUCAGCACAUCUAUGAGUUGAGAAACAAUGGUCCAAGUUCAUUCAGCAAGGCAAUGCUGAAUCUUCAGUGGCCUUACAAGUACAAUAAUAAUACUUUGCUGUACAUCCUUCAGUAUGAUAUUGAUGGGCCAAUGAACUGCACUUCAGACAUGGAAAUUAACCCUUUGAGAAUUAAGGUCUCAAAUUCCCAGACAGCUCAGAAGAAUGACACACUUGCUGGGCAGGGUGACCGGAACCAUCUCGUCACUAAGCGAGAUCUCACCCUCAGUGAAGGGGAUGUUCACACUUUGGGCUGUGGAAUUGCCGAAUGCUUGAAGAUCACCUGCCAAGUUGGACGGCUAGAUAGAGGGAAGAGUGCCAUCCUGUACGUGAAGUCUCUCCUGUGGACCGAGACCUUUAUGAAUAAGGAAAACCAGAAUCACUCAUAUUCUCUGAAGUCCUCAGCUUCGUUUAAUGUGAUAGAGUUUCCCUAUAAGAAUCUUCCCAUUGAGGAUAUCUUCAACUCCACACUAGUUACCACUAAUGUCACCUGGGGCAUUCAGCCCACACCCAUGCCUGUGCCCGUGUGGGUGAUCAUCUUAGCAGUUCUAGCAGGGUUGUUGUUACUGGCUGUUUUGGUGUUUGUAAUGUACAGGAUGGGCUUUUUUAAACGAGUCCGGCCACCUCAGGAAGAACAAGAGAGAGAACAGCUUCAACCUCAAGAAAAUAGCGAAGGAAACUCUGAAACUUAA